AUGAGUGAUGAGGAUGAUAUCUCAAUUACUUCGACAGCCCCCAGUGAACAGGAAUCCGAGUAUGAAGUGGAAACAAUCCUUACAGAACUCGAAUUUGAUGAUGGCAUUAAGUAUCUGGUGAAGUGGGCUAACUAUCCCAUCGAGAGAUGCACUUGGGAGCCAGCCGACUCUUUCUGCGCUGACCAGACCCUGAUUGAUUGGAACAAGAAGAAAAAAGCGAUUGCGGAAGGCAAACGUAUGGAAUUUGAUCUUGACGGAUUUGAGAAACAUUUGGCUGCCCUUGAGGACGCCAGAGAGGAUAGGAAGCGACGAAGGGCCACAAAGAGGAGAAGACUUGGCUUGGAAGAGCCUCAACAAAGCCCCUCUGCUGCGGAGAGACCCCUUAUUGAUAUCGUACUAGCACCAGAAAGCUCUGGAUAUGCUGCAGUGUCCCAGAAAGGACCAUCUGCCGAUCAAGUGCCGCAGACACCUGCAAACGCAAGAAGUACCCAACCGAACCAUCGAUUGUUUCCUACAAAACAGCCUCCGCCCCCUGUAUCAUUUGGAACUGCUCCUGCCCCCAUUCGCCCCCGGAGGAUGAACAGCUCUGAGACACCAAAGUUGUUUAAUCUGUCCACAAGGUGGAGGUAUGAGAAGGCAAAAGCUGAUGAGCCACCUCCUGAUAUGAAUAAACUGGAACUCUUUCGACCCUCUGACUGGCCGAUGAGAAGUGGGCUCACUGUGGCAAAGAUAGGGCCUCACAAGGUCAAUCCACCGACGUUGGCGAGUGAACCCAACACUGUCAGGCUGGGACCCCAUAGUGUUAGCUCACCAAAACAAGGAGAUUCAGGCCCAGCGAGACUAGGACCUCAUAAUGUGAGCUCGCCAAACUUGACUGAGCUGGGCUCCUCAAGAUUAGGAUCUCAUGAUGUUAGCUCUCCUAAGCAGUUUGAUCCCAGUGCAGCAAGAAUCGGCCUUCAUGAUGUCAGCUCUCCGAGGUCUCUACACCCUGCUUCGGAAAUGCUUGGAUCUCACAAUGUCAGCUUUCUGAACGGAGCUGACGAAACAGCAGGGAAAUUAGGAGAGCAUGACGUCGGGUCGCCGAUGGACCUUGAUUCAGAAGGGGACGCUCAACCACAGGAUGGUGGAAGUUAUGCUUCAAGUUCGCCCCAACUCCGACACAGCCCACGGCACGAGUCGCACAGAUCUUCUAACCUGGGCUUGAGACCUGAUAUAUGGAGAUCAGCUAAGCAAACCUCAGACGAUCGGUCAUCAACUCGUAUCCAGGGUAAUAACUGGAGACUGGACACCCAGUCUUCCAGCCGCCGCAUUGAGCCCGAAGAUCCCGUUAUACGCCAACUUCCGUCAAGAACCCCUGGCCCCAAAGCAAUUUAUACCCGACGACACAAUUAUUUCUGGAAUCCGGGAGAGAUCAUGGUUGAUAUGUUCUAUGGCCCUGACAAGAAGGAAAUUGGACCGGCCAGGCUUUGUGGACUCAGCCAGACCAGCAGGGCGAAGCUCAUGACCUCAAAAAAGGCUCACCGCAUCGAGGCUAGGUUUCAGCAUGUUUGUAACAUGGAAGAGCACGACAUUCUAUGUGCAUCGGUGCCAUCUAACCAAAAGUAUAGCACUGGGUGGAUUGAAGGUUUCGAUGACACUGAGCCGAGCAUCUAUAAAAUCGGAGAAGAGCUUUGCCGCAAUCAACUGGUCGCAAUAUUAUACCCCGCGCAUCGGAAGCAAAACACAAUCCUUGCCUACUCCCCUGGAUCAGAUUUUGCGUUCCUUGAUGGAAAAAUGAGAACGCCUGCUGGUGUGUUUUUACAUGUCGCGGUCAGAAACGAGUUGCCAUCGUUUGAUGUGAUCACUGCUCGACGUGAGGAGGAACGAACCCAAGCCGAAUCGCGCAAACUGGAAUCGUUGACCCGCCCUGUUCGCCAGAACGCGCCAAAUCUGGAUCAUCCUUCGAGCACCAAUAUUGAAGGCGACAGAUCUCACCCCACACAUAUACCGUUGAUCUCUGAAGCCACAAGUCUUGUGCGUGAACGCUCAAAACUCCAGUCCCAAAUACCAAAAGGAGACUCAAGCAACACCAAACCUACCAUCAUUGAGAAACCAGCCGUGCCCAAAGAGUCUCUGGUGCAAUCAUAUAGUCUAGAGGUGCAGGGAACCACUCACCCAUCCCCGCAGGGAUUGAACAAUCGGGAACGAGUGCCACCAGUUCUUGAUCCCAUGACACAGGAAUCCGAAACACAUGUUUCCUCACAUGAGCUGGAAAAUGCGCAGCUAGUCGACGAGCCCUUCUUGGUGCAACCUCAGACACAUCUAGCAUCUGAACGUGAAGUUUCUCUGAUUAGCGCACAUGACACGGGCCUGACAGAAUCCAAUACAAAAGCAGAGAACUCGCGACCCCAGCUAAGUGAGGGACCCGUUGACUUGGACCUUUUUUUCAAAGAGAAACUUGGCAUAACCUACGAUGUUCUUGCCACUGUCAAUGGCCAGGUAAAAGCUCUGCCCACCGAUGUGUUCUACCUCAUGUUUCCUCUUGGAUCUGAGAUAGUCCAAUCCGAAUGCAAACUUCUCGAGGCAUUCUUAAAACAGCACAAUGCUCUCACAUACUCCAGCUAUCAUCCCAAUGACUGGGAACGCUUUGCAAGGACGCUGAAUACGGGGAUUGUUCUGGCUCAUGAGAGCUUUAUGGAUUAUCACGCGUUGCCGCAUUUCAGGGACCUUACCCGCAAGCACUUCAACUUUUGGAGUGUUUCUCUGACCAAACCACUCCAAUUUGCUAGUCGACCUUCCCACUUCCAGCGCCUGUUCCCACACGGUGGUGUGAUCCUAAUCACGGAAGAUUUCAUGGUUCGUGAGCCAGACGCGACACUCAUCAUACUGGCAUGGUUCAGGGAUUGGAUUAAGCCAAAGUUUCCAGGGAACUGGAAGAUUAUGUUUCGUCCAGACGUGCUGAACUGGCUUCUUCAACAGCCCGAACCAAAAGAUCCAAGCAAACACGGAGUAUGGUGGGCCAUGUAUGCUUUGAUAAUCCAAAUCAACUCUGUGGGCUUAGAAGGAAUGCCUAGAGAGACCCUCAACGGCACCAGCGACGAACAUAGUGAAAGUGUCGUGAUCUCACCCCCUAAUAUUCCACUCUACGGGUCUCGUACCGAAGAUGACGACCCAAAUAUUCCUAAAGGCCUUACACAAGAAUAUAGGAAUACCGAUCAUCUGGCGGAAUUCUUCGCGGGCUGGGCAUUGGUCCACAACCAUUGUUACCGGCGGUUUGUUAUCGCCACGGCAAUGAAGCCCCUCCCGAGAUGGGAAGCGUGGGAGCAUCUUGAAGUCAGGUACGGAGCCAAGGACUUCCUCACGAGAGCAUUCAAAAUCGACUACAAAUCCAUAUGGAAUAAACUGCGCUCCGCGCCUGAGAAGGCGGACCAUGUCUCCGAUCCGAAGUCCCCAGGCCAACAACAGCAGAACCACACACAACACCCACAACACCCUCAGCACCCCGCAUACACACCGCGAACACCUGCAGCACACGGACCUCCUGCGAAUGCAGUCGACGUUUCCAAGGUCACUGGGUUCUCACAUACUCCAUCCAGGCUCCGCUAUCCCGAGCCAUAUUCGUGA